AUGAAGUUCCUGCAACGAAAUCCCCUCACACAAACGUCAAUGUCUCAGCCAGACAAGAAUAUCUCCCCGCCACUUCGUCACCCAUAUCUCACUGGCAAUUUUGCCCCAAUCCAUCAAACAACAAAUCUUACUCCGUGCACAUAUAGUGGAUGUAUACCGCCAGAACUGACUGGUGGUCAGUACGUUCGCAAUGGCGGCAAUCCCGUCAGCCACCAAGACCUUGGCAAAGACGCCCAUUGGUUUGACGGCGAUGGGAUGCUCUCUGGUGUCGCGUUUAGAAAGACAUCCAUAGAUGGCAAGAUUAUACCCGAAUUCGUCAAUCAGUAUAUUUUGACAGAUUUGUACUUAUCCAGAAAGACGACCUCUGUUGUGUCGCCAGUAAUGCCAAGCAUCACGACCCUGGUAAACCCGCUAUCGACCAUGUUUAAGAUCAUGUUCGCGACCCUCAGGACGAUAUUCCUGGUCAUUCUCUCAAACCUACCUGGAUCUCAACAAGCCAUCAAGCGCAUCAGUGUCGCUAAUACUGCUGUCUUAUACCACGAUGGGAGGGCUUUGGCGACAUGCGAAAGUGGACCGCCAAUGAGGAUACAGCUUCCCUCGCUGGAUACUGUCGGCUGGUUCGACGGUGUUCAAGCUGAAGGAGAGCCAAAGAAACCUCAAGCCAGCAGUAAUGACUCUCCGUUUGGCGGCAGCGGACUCUUCAGCUUCAUGAAGGAAUGGACAACAGGGCAUCCCAAAGUAGACCCCGUUACUGGAGAGAUGCUUCUCUAUCAUAACACCUUCAUGCCGCCAUACGUACAUUACUCAGUACUUCCGAAGAGCAACGAAAAGGCAUCUGGACAUAGACUUGUGAAUCAGUCUGUUUUGGGGGUAUCUGGUGCUCGAAUGAUGCACGACUUUGGAGCGUCUCGGAGCCAUACUAUCAUCAUGGACCUUCCUCUUAGCCUCGAUCCUCUCAACACAAUGAAAGCCGGGAAUAUCAGGCCACCAGCGAGGUCUAAGUCUACCCAAGCACGGGACUGGUCAGACGAUAAGAAAGAAACGACCUGCAGACACAAAGAAGCCCCUACUCUAGAGUCACCCGGGGUAGCGGCUGGUCUAACCGACUACUUCCCCACUGCAGAGUCCGACGACUACGAUCAAUGCCGGCUGUACUAUUACGAGUUUGACACGUCCACGACAUCCCAGAACGAAGUGAAGAAUCAGUGGGCUCUCUCUUCCAUACCAUUCGAGUUUCCCUCUGUUCGGCCAGAUCGCGAAAUGCAAGACGCUCGCUAUAUUUACGGCUGCAGCACGUCGACUUCUUGUUUCGGCAUUGCCCUCGGACGAGCUGAUAAGGUCGAUCUUCUUGUCAAGAUGGAUGCUAAGACUCUCAUCCAACGAGGGAAGAAGAUGAACACAGCCCCUAUCACUGGGUGCGUCGAUAGACGGUCGGUGAGCGAGAUCCUUGAACAACAAAAGAAGGACGAUCCCAUAAAGAUAUUCCGUCUCCCGCCAAACCACUACGCUCAAGAGCCACGGUUUGUUCCUCGAGCUUCGUCAUCCGAAGAGGACGAUGGGUACCUGCUCUUUUACGUCUUCGACGAGUCUCAACUCCUGUCUACAGGUGAUUGCCCUCCAUCUGCUAAGUCUGAGUUGUGGAUUCUUGACGCCAAGAACAUGCGUGAUGUUGUUGCCAAGGUCAGACUUCCGCAGAGAGUGCCGUAUGGUCUGCAUGGAACUUGGUUUUCUAGUGGGGAUAUCGAAGGACAACGGGAUGUGGAUUCUUUGAGAAGUUUGGAAGAAGUGCAGAGGAAGAAAGAGGAUUGGGUUAAUGGCGGAGGACAGAUAAGGAAGUCAUGGAUGGUGUUGCGAGAGAAAUUGGAGAGAGCUGUCGGCUGA